AUGAACCCAUUAGCAGACACUGAUGUAGUGUGUUGCGCCCAACUGCCCGACUUCUUCAGGAAAUCAAACACCCCUCUAGAGCAAAUGUGCUCACUGGCCCUUGAGACAAUCAAUGUCAACUAUCCUGCAGAUCAAUGGCUCCAAGUCUUCAAUCAUGGGUCAUACAUAGAAAACCAAGCAAAAGUUGGUGCAGAUGUCUACUCUGAACUCUUCUCUUUCUACGCAGCAGCGGGACACAAUGGAUCCGCUUUUGAAGAAGAAAUAGAGGCCAUUAGGAAAGCACUAUGCCAAGUAUGUUGCCUGAAUACGAAAUUAAUUAAAGUAGUAAUACUUUCGGACUUAUAG